CAACCUUGCUGGCUCCAAAAUAAUUCAUCAUUUCCUGAUUUUUGUUUUUUCCAAAAAGAAACUUCGUUAGUUCCGCUAAGCGAAACCGUAGGUUCAUCAUGUCGCCGUCCGGAGACGGAGCCAUCAAUGGUGGAUGUUGCUGCUCUUGUUCUCCCGGCGAUAAUGGUGGUUAUGAUGGAGCCAAUAAUUUCGGUAUCUCCGCAUCGCAAGACGAGACAUGCAUGCAUUGCCCGAGGUCUGAACCUUCAUCAUGUUCUUCCUCUGAGCUCGGUUUUGAUUCGGUCCUGUUAACUAAUUCCGAGAGGUUGCGUAGAAUUUUCGUCGCUUCAGCUAAAGGCUUCUCAAUUGGAGCUGGCCUGCAAGGUGGCUUAGCUAUCUUCUCCAUUCUCGCACGCUUGCGGCGCAAGAAACCAAAGAAAGUUGAGGCGUUUUCUGAUAAAGAAGCAAUUUCUAUGGCGAUUAAGGAGACACUGAGAUACGGUAUUUUUCUUGGUACUUUUGCUGGUACAUUUGUUUACGUAGAUGAAACCGUUGCUGCUUGCGGAGGAAAUCACAGGCAAUGCUCUUAAUCUUAAUUUUCUUAUCUUUACUUGAAAUGAAAGUUUUUAUGAACUCGAGUUUCAUUUAGUGGAGUGUUAAAUUUUGAAUAAGGACCGCGAAAUGGAGGGCAUUAGUAGCCGGGCUGGUUGCAGGACCUUCCAUGCUUCUUACCGGAUCUAACACGCGACAUACGAGUUUGGCUUUAUACAUACUCAUGCAAGCUGCUGUAUUGGCAUCACGUUGUGGAAUAAAGAGUAAACGGUUUGGGAAGUUUUGUAAACCUCUUACUUGGAAGCAUGGUGACAUAUUCCUUAUGUGUCUCUCCACUUCGGAAAUAUUGUCUUCUUACAUCUUGAAGCAAGAUUGUUUGCCCCCAUCAUAUAAGUCCUUUCUCAAUCAACAUGGUGGAAAAGACAUCGUCAUACUGCAAGGUGUAAAAGAGCUAGCAAGCGGCCUUCCAUUCACUACUUUGGAAGCAAUAGAGAAAAUUUAUAAGGCAACAGGGGUAGACGUUAAAUUAGAUCCAAACAUGAAAAUCCCUUGUUCGAUGGUACACGGGAAUAAAUCAUGCAGAGCACAUGCAAUUACUUUUCUUAUUGAAGCAUAUAAAAGGGCAUUACCAGUAUACCUUCCAGUUUAUUUGAUUCCUGCUUUGAUAGUUCAUCAUCAAGGUCUCUUCAAAAGGCCUUGCACAAUAUUAGGAAAAGGUAUUGUUGAUAUUGCCAGAUCAAGCUUAUUUUUAGCCACCUAUUGCACAUCAGCUUGGAUGUGGACUUGCAUCCUGUUUGGGUUCUUGAGAAGAUGUAGCAUACCAUUGAUAGCAAUUGGAUCGUUUCCAGCCGGUCUGAGUGUUGCUAUUGAGAAGAAAAGCAGGCGGAUGGAGAUAUCACUCUACUGCCUUGCACGAGCCAUAGAGAGCUUCUUUACAUGGAUGGCUGACAUCGGGUAUUUGCCACGGUCGAAGAAUCUGAAGAGACCUGACGUGAUGAUUUUCAGCUUGUCGACAGCUAUCAUAAUGCAUUGCUACGCACAGGAGAGGGAACUGUUUAACUCCAAGUACUUAAAUGUUCUUGAUUGGAUCUUUGGUGUGCCUCCUCCACCAGGCGAAAACCCAUCGUUGCAAAAACAGAAGAGCAGUUUGAGAUAGGGACUGAUUUGGAGGCAAAAGCAAAAUUAAGGGAAAAAAGUGCGAAUUUGGAGACACAAUGGGCUGAUAUGCGAUGCAGGAACAAGAUUGUGCCAAAAGUGCAAGCAUGGAAGACACAAGGACUAAAAACGCAAAAAGAAGAGAUUUUAUUUUAUAAGACUCCAUUUUAUUAGGAUAAUUAAUAUUAAGAUAAUAUUAGGAUUAUUUAAUUUUAGGAUUUUAUUUUAAUUAUCUUUAAUUAUCUUUAAUUAAUUGUAUUUAUCUUUGUAGAAUUUAAGUUAAAUUAGACUAUCUCCCUAGUACCAUAAAUAGGGGGUGAAGUGACUCUAUUGAGUGUUCAUCUUUUUCUGUAAACACUCUCUUCCUGAACGUCUAGGCUUUUGUUUCUUCAUAUUUUCUUUCAAUAAAAUUUCCUUUUCCAUUUU